AUGGCAGCACCCUGCCUUCCCCACAGCUCCUUCCCGCCACCCCUGAGGAUCACCGCUGCCCUGAGUCAGCGCAGCCGCAUGAGGAGGCGGCUGACGCCUUCCUGCCCAUCACCGCGUGCCAGGCGGCACUGCGCACGCCCUGCAGAUCCUCCCCUGAGGCAGGUGAGCACUGGGACGGGCGUGACUUUUCUCAGAGCACAACUUGAGUUCUUUCAGUUUCUGCUGAACUCACUUCCUUUCCUCAGAGCAGCCCAGGAGCCGAGCAGAGCCGAGCACGAGGAGAAGCACGCGCCAGAAAUGGAGAACCUCAGUAUCCCACUCCCAGAUCUCAGCAAAGAACAACAAGACAUUUUCCAGAGGGCUUUUAUUGCUGAUGACAAUUACUUGGAGAAUCACGAGAAAAUGAACCAGUCCUUCUGGGAAUCACUGGUAAAAAGCUUAGCCACCACUGAUCCACCUAUCCUGGCCGCUGAAGAGAAGAACAGUCUCCUCAACAGGUGCAGCGUCCUGCCUGGGGGCUGUGCAGCCUGCCUGAAAGCCAUAGAGAUGAAAGGCGUCAGGGCAAUGGCAGUCCUUUACCUCUUGCUGAAGAGUUCCAACCCAUCUGUGUAUCAGCAGCUGCCCAGUUCUAAGGGAAAGGAUGAAAAAUUAAAACUCCUCAAGAGAUUGGAAAGAAAUCUCAUGCUUUCACAAGAGGAUAAAAAGGCUGAAAACUCCUCCCAGGAAUCCACAGAUGAAGAUACACGCGACAGUGAUGAAGAAGAUUUAGGAAGACACAAGACUGAAGGCCAACUGCUUGGAGGUAUACCAGCUGAGGUUGUUCCCUACGGAGAUUCAGAAAUAACCAGAAGAGAAGAUUCAACUGCAGAUGCAUAUGGGAACAAGAACAUUCACCCUCAAUGGUGGACAGUACGGUGGAUGGGCAUACGCAAGGAUGAUGAAUUCUUUCAUUUUGUUAUUCUUUGCUUCGCAAUUGGAGCUUUACUAGUUUGCUACUACUACUACAAAGAUUGGACAAUUUCUCUUGGAAUUGGUUUAAUCACCUUUGCUUCUCUGGAAACCACUGGGAUUUAUUUUGGUCUAGUGUAUCGACUUCGGAGCGUGCUGGAUGGUUUUGUUCCUCUGAUCGAGAAGUUCAGGCCAACAGGUAUGAGGAAAGCUGCCUAAGAGCAUUUCAGAAGAAUUCAACAAAACUCUCCUGUUUGGAUUUAUAGAAUUAAAAGAACUGCUUUAUCAGGCAGUCAUAAAAUCAUAACAGCUAACACAAAACACUGAAACACUGAACAAUAGAAAUAUAUUCAGUCCACUCAAAAA